GUAUUCUCCCCAACUCAUAAUACCUUCUUCUUCACAAAACUCCUUAAAGAAUUUAUCUACAUAGAGUUUUCCACAGCUAAAGAAACAAAGAAACAUUCAACCAUGGCUAUUAGUAUGACAAAAAUUCUGCGUGCUACUAAACCCAGCCUCAGGAGGUCAUCUUCAAGAACUCACAAAGAAAGUGAGGUUCCUAAGGGUCACUUUGCAGUUUAUGUUGGUGAGGGUGAAAAGAAGCGUUUUGUCCUUCCGAUAUCAUACUUGAAUGACACUUUAUUCCAAGAUUUGCUCAGUCAAGCUGAGGAAGAGUUCGGAUUUGAUCAUCCAAUGGGAGGACUCACAAUACCCUGUCCCGAGGCUACUUUCCUUGACAUCAUCUCUAGCUCGAAUUGAUUAUCAUCAUAGAAUACAGAUAGAGAUGACUUAGCGUAGUUUAGUCAACAAUUCUUUUUGUGUAUAUGAGUUACCCUGUACAGUUGAUAUAGAGAUUAUACUAUAAUACUUUGGAGGUUUUUCUGAUUUAUCAUGCUACUCACAACACAGUAACAGAAGUUAGUUCAGACAAUAGAUGAAGUACUCUCUUGUAAUUCAAAUUUUGAGGGAGGAAUAUAUUCGUCAAAGAUAAACUUGAUUGAUAAAACUUUUGCUAGUAUAUAUUAUAUAAUAAUGCUGUUUAAUCCUUUCCCAUUUUCAAAGAAAAACUGUACACUUGUGUUGCUAAGCUAUAUAUAUAAAUUUCGGACCUUACCUUAAAUCACACAUGGAGGGGACGUUUUAAGUCAUGUCUGUGCUGCUUCUGUUACAGUAAAUAAAUGUCUUAUGGAAAGUUAUUCAGAAAUCACAUUUUCUCUCUCUCUAUUUGUUAGGUACUCCCUCUACUUUAAGAAGGUUCGUUUGACAUGGGAAUUGGUAUGAGGCACAUUAUCCAUGCUAAAAAGGGCCUCAGAAAGUGUUCUUCAAGAACAAAUAGAAAAAGUGAGGUUCUUGACAUCAUCCUCAGUUUGAAUAGUAGGGCCUGAGAGACUCUACCAGCAGUUGAAUUUUGUGGUUAAAAUUUGCUAUAAUUACGAUGCGUUCUCUUAUUCAAAUCUAAAGAUAUGUUUUAUAUUUUUAUAUCACUUCUUGAUCAGAAUAGGACACACAAGUUCUGAGAAACUGCAUGCAAGUUCCUGUAAUGUGGUUAAGGUUUUGAAAUAUGAAUUUUCUUCUAAUCAUAACUGUUAAAA